AAACGACUGUGUGGUAAACUACGGAUGAUGCGCGAUAUUUCACCUUUUUAUUUUCCGUCGCGAGCUUAGCGACGCUGACAGCGCACUGCCGCUGCUGGCGGGCAUUUCCGUUUUCAGUCAGGCUGCUCAUUUCGAACUCGAAGCCAGAAACGUGGCCUGCUGCGCUAUGUCGAAGCCGACUGUCGUGCUCGCCUACAGUGGCGGCUUGGACACCUCGUGCAUCCUUGCUUGGCUCAUCGAACAAGGAUACGACGUGGUCGCAUUCAUGGGUCGUAUAACUGUGACUUCCUCACCGUCGCCUUUCCUGGUCUACGCCGCAGGCGUGUACGAGACGCCUGCCGGAACAGUCCUGCGAGCGGCUCAUCUGGACCUCGAGAUCUUCACCAUGGACAAGGAAGUGCGAAGAAUAAAGCAGGGCCUGUCGCUGGAAUUCUCCCGUCAGGUGUACGGAGGAUUGUGGUACAGCCCCGAAGCAGAGUUUACUAGGCGCUGCAUAGAGUCGUCGCAGAGCUGCGUGACCGGCACGGUGCGCCUGGACCUCUACAAGGGCCAGAUAUACAUCAAGGGCCGCCGGGCUCCCAACACGCUCUACAACCAGGAGCUGGUUAGCAUGGACGUCCAGGGAGAUUAUACGCCUUCCGACGCUGGCGGAUUCAUCAAGAUUCAAGCGCUGAGGCUACGAGAAUGGCAUCGUGUCAAGAAUGCACUGAAGUAGGGACCGAGAGGCGCCAACUACAUGUUCGUCCACAAAUGACGACCUUGAAUUGUAACCCCCCUAGGUGGACUGUACUCCAAGACGGGUUGGGUAUUUGUUAGCUGUUAAAAAUAAAAAAAAAAGAUACAACGAAAGUAUUUUACGAUGACCGCAAGGUUGAAUGCCUGCUCUUCUUUUUUAUUAUAUAAGUACAGCUAUAAUUGCGUCGACUGCACCACCUCCCUAAGACCCUAUCCUGCCCAUUCCUCCCCAAAUAGUAACUACCAAGAGGGGAUGUUCUUGAGGGGAAGUUCGAAGUGUGGCGGGACAGGAAAUACCUACCUACCUACCGACCUCCCGCAAAUUGCUUUGAAUGAGGCAACGAAUGUUUCGGCAAAACAUUUGUGGAAGGGUGGAACAGGGUUGUAGAGGAGCACGGGCGUACGAAGACGGGGAGAGAGUGGUAGUGGAAACAUUACAGGAGCAGCUGAGUACCCGUAUUUUCGGACGCAAGCGCUGUCGUCAUCAGCCGGGUAUAGAGAGGAGCGAGGGAGGGGAAGCAAUGAAAACAUUCCAGGAUUAUAUGAGCACGGAAUUCGUUGGCACAAGUGCUAACGUCACAUGUCGGAUAUAAAGGAGCAUGCGCAUGAAGAAAGGCAAAGCAAGAGAAGCAAUGGAAAGAUUCCUAGAUCACUUGAGAGCUCGGAUUGGCUGGCACGAGCACUGAUGUAACAAACUGGUUAAUGAGAAACACACCCAUAAAGGCAAAGGGAGAGAGGCAAUGAACGUUCUAGGAGCAGACGAGUGCCCGAAUAAGCUCGCGCAAACGCUGACGUCUGCAGCGGGGUAGAAAUGAUCAUGCGCACGAAGGACGUAGGAGAGGUAAUAGAACCAUUCGAUGAGCAGAUGACUGAACGGAUUGGUUGGG